AUGUUUGGUAAAGUCCCUAAAGGUAACCAUAAUUCGCAGGUAUCUGCAUCGCUACCGCUCCCUGUCAGCCUCCCGCGCCUGCAGCCGCUCGUCACGGUGGCGCAGUCCAAGCCGAAGCCGCCAUCACUAUCCAUACCGACACCGACACCGACACCGAUCUCGCUCACGCUCACGCUUCGGGAGACACGAAAGCUACGAAACGAGAGACCGUCGACGUUCGCGCUCCAGAUCCAGGCUCAGGACGGCAACCCCCAAGCUCACAGAAGAGCUGCCGCCAAUACCGGAAUGCUGGACGGCGGGAAGAAGUGCGUGACGGUGACGGGGACAACAGGCGUCGGCACGUCCGUCUUCUACGCAUACUUCUUCAGUCAUUUUCGAAAGGAAGAAACCGAGACUUGGGUCAUUGCGAUGUCCAUCGUGAUGAAGGAUAUCGCGGAGGUCGCUGGCUUCAAGAGCGGCAACGACGCUGGAGAACAGUUGGCUAGAUACACUUCCAGCAAACGGGAAGUGGUGCUUGACAUGGUCUUGGAAGAGGCGUACGUGAAGAAGAAAAAGGUGCUCAUCUUGUGCGAUGGAGUCAAACAAACAAAGUCUGGUGGCCUAUUCGGAUGGUCGUUUUCACAAGCCCCGAUGAGGAAUGGCUACGCGAUAUGA